AGAUGUUCGCUAUCAAUAUCAUUCGAAUAGCGGAUAGAGGAGAGAGAAGGCCACUGGUUGCGGCCUAGGGGUAGCAGAGCAGAUCUGCCCGAUUCGUAGACCCUCUCAUGGCCUCCUUCCAGGUUCAUGAUCUCUACUUCUCCGUUCCAUUCCCAGCUUUUCAUGGAACAUCCAAUCUCAAAAGAUGGGGUUUAGCCGGCCAUUCGAGGUUCCAGAAAUUUAUCAGGGCAGAUCCCCAUCCCCUGCCGAGUCUCCACAAAUCCUUUGGCAGGGAGGCCUCAAGAGCUUCCCUCGAUGCCGGAAACGGAGCUCCGAAAGCUCCCAAAUCCACUCGCAGAGGUAGAAAGAAGUCCACGGCCUCCUCUCCUCCUCCUCCUCCCUCUCGUCCCAAAAGAACAAGAAGAUCCAGGAAGAAGCCAGAUGUAGUAGAAGAAUCCAAAGGCGAGGAAGCAAAACCACCACCAUUAGCAAUAGACGAAGAGGAGGAGGAGGAGGAGGAGGAGGAUUUCGACGAUGGGAUGGAUUUCCCCUACCAAUCACCCCCUUUAAUCUGCUGCUUCGGCGCCGCACAGAGGGAGUUCGUGCCAACGGUCCGGGUCUCCGAGCGGCAGAUGCAUUCGGACCAGUACUCGUCCUGGAAGGCCCUCCAGUGGAACCCACCCGAGUUCGUCCGAGCCCCCGGCGGGCCUCCGUCCAACGUCGCCAUCUCCCAUGUCCGGCUCGGCGGCCGCGCUGCCUUCAUGGGGAAAGUCGGGGACGACGACUUCGGGAAUGAUCUCGUCUACCGCAUGAACUUGGAGAAGGUCCAGACCCGGGCCGUCAAGAUCGAUCCAGCAAUCAAGACCGCGGCUUCCUACAUGAAGCUCGGGUUUCGUGACGAUGGCGGUGGGAAGAAGUUGGUGGCCGAGACUGUCAAGACUUGCGCCGAGGAUUCUUUCUUAAAAUCCGAAAUCAAUGUUGCUGUCUUGAAAGAGGCUAGGAUAUUUCAUUUCAGCUCCGGGGUAUUGUUGGCACCUAAUAUGCAUUCUGCCCUCUUUAGAGCCAUUGCAUUGUCCAAGAAGUACCACAGCAACGUGUUCUUUGAUCUGAACUUGCCAUUGCCACUAUGGAAGUCGAGAGAGGAGACCCGGGAAGUGAUCAAGAAGGCAUGGAGCAAAGCCGACUUCAUCGAAGUCUCGAGACAGGAGUUGGAAUUCCUGUUGGACGAAGAGUACUAUGAGAAGAAGCGCAGCUACAGGCCUCAAUACUACUCCGAAUCCUAUGAGCAGACAAAGAACAGGCGAGACUAUUAUCAUUAUACCCGGGAAGAGAUUGCUCCUCUCUGGCAUGAUGGAAUAAAGAUCUUGUUUGUGACGGACGGGACGCUUCGGAUCCAUUACUAUACCUCCAAGUUCGAUGGGGCGGUGGUAGGGACUGAGGAUGUGCUUAUAACCCCAUAUACAUGCGAUCGAACAGGUUCUGGCGAUGCUGUCGUGGCUGCGAUCAUGAGGAAGUUGACGAUACAUCCGGAGAUGUACGAGGAUCAGGAUUUGCUGGAGAGGCAGCUCCGCUUUGCUGUUGCUGCUGGGAUUAUCUCGCAAUGGACAAUUGGUGCUGUCAGAGGCUUCCCGACCGAGAGUGCGACGCAGAAUCUGAAAGAGCAAGUUUAUGUUCCUUCCAUGUGGUGAAAUUUCUGAGCAGCAAACAGAUAUAUUCAUGGCAUCACAGCUCUGGCAAAAAGAUCUCAAGGUGGUAGGAUGUAGUUUCUUUGCCAAUCACUUUUGAAUUUAGAGUGAUAUGAAUUGAUCAUCUUACAUAAACUACUUGUACUACAUUGCUACAAAUUGUUUUGUUGAUCACAAAUCUUGGAGGACUCUGAAUUUGGCAUAUGCGCAAUCCAGAGAAAUUGCUUGUUCUUUGCGCCCCCCCCACCCCCC